AUGAAACCUUACAAAGCCAAAUACGUUCAAUGUGUCUGCUUGACGAGAAACGAGAAAACAGCUACGACAGAAGACAGCGAAUGUAAGCAAGAAGGCAGAGAGAGCGGAAGCAAGAAAGUCAACACACAGUCAAGGCAAAAAGUUGCCAAAUUCUUCAGUGACAUGCUGACUACUAUAUACAGGCAGCCAAACGACUACAGAAGAAAAACAACGGAUACAAAUUAAAAAUUAUAGUUAUUCCGUGGUAUUCAUGUGUUAUGUUUGUUAUUUCAAAUAAACAUGAUAAUAGG